AUGCUAUGUAUUCGAAGGCGGUAUUCGACGUUUUUUUCGAAGAAGCCUCUCAACUAUGAGGCUCUUGCGCUGAGGGUGGCAGAGCUGAGAUCGUUUGAAAGAAUCUCGCGGGACCUCAUCCUCGAUUACACCAAGGCGAACAGGAAAUUACAGAGUAUCAAUAAGGAGCCACACGGACGACUAAAGGUCAAUUCAGCUGAAGGAGCCAAUUUUCUCGACCUCAAACUCAACAUUCCGAGUGCUAAGCUUGAGAAUGAAUUGUGGGACUUUUUAAAGGAACACUGGGAUGUGUGCUUUAGCGACGAGGAAAUAGUAGCAGCGUUUAUCCUGAAUCCAAACGCAGAUAUUGCAAGGUCAUUUCAAAUUGUGAAAGCAAACUUCAGUAUGCCCCAGUCUGGUCUCAAGCAACUUGACACAGUUUCAUUGCUACUACGAAAGCUUCUCAAGAAGAACGAUUAUCACAACUGCAUUGGCCUCCUAGACGCUACAUAUGGCUCAGCCGGCUAUAAAAACUCACAGAAGGAAUUGUUGAAACAGCACCUUGGUGGUUGUACCAUUCUCAUCAGCGCCCUCUCCAUUGUACAAUACUGCUUCAUUUCCAUGGCGCUGCUUUAUUAUUUGCUACCCUUUACCGUACUUUCGGUCUAUGGAACCGCUUAUGGACUACUAAAAGUCUACUUUUCCUCCAAUGGAGAGAGAGUCAGCUGGCGGCCGCAUACGAGUGUCAUUCACCGUUAUAUCCACCGCCACGAGCAGGCAUGGAUGAAUAGGAUGAUCACACACUUCGAAGAGCACAGUGAGCUUAAUUUUAAGAACUACCAUACUUCAGAGGUUCGCCACAAACCAACACUCGGAAUCUUCGGUCAAGACGAAUAUGACAUGUUUUUGCCUAGUACCACUAGCCUCCCAGUGCUUGCAAACCACGCUAGGAAUGAGCACACUGAAUUGGUGGCUAAAUACUUCCGGGAGGAGCUUCAAAAAAGAAGACUCAAUUGGAAAAUUUUAAAAGAGGAACAAACCUUACUAGAUUUUUGGCUUGCGCACGGAGAAAAUUACGAGUGGGUUGAACCCGACCAGGACCCCGGAGAAAUGUACACAUUUCGCAGCCAGUCUUCCAAGUCUUGA